AUGGAAAAAUCUAUUUGCUUUUGUCCAGAUAAAUUAUCAGUUUAUGGAGAAAGUGAUCAUAAAAUUGUGCCUGCUUUGACUGAGGAAGAAGUCCUCAUUAACUCAUGGCUAGACGAAAAAGGAGUUACUAUGGCUGAUCCACUCGACCUUAUAUACGGCUAUUUCGAGAAGAAAAAGAGCUAAAUCAGAUAAAAUGUUGACAAAAAAAAACCCUCAAACCUUUGGGAAAGAAGAAAAGAAAAAACAAAGACCUUUUAAUCGCCUAUAUUGAGUAAGUCAAGCUAAUCAAGUGACGAUGGUAGUAAUGGAUUCUUUGAGUGA